CGCUGUUCACACUCGCACAGGACACACACUCAAAGACACUGAGAGUGAAACCAGGAGAAAAGCCUCACUCCUUCACACCAAAGAGGCCCCAGAUACCCAUCACACCAAACAGGCCAGAUCAUCAUGGGCGGUACAGGGGCGGCUUCUUCGAGUCUGUGGUUGGCUACGAAUCCGAGCAAGAGAUGGGGAGAGUUGUUUUUCCUUCUCUACACUCCUUUCUGGCUCACUUUGUGCCUCGGGAUUGUCGUUCCGUACAAGCUAUACGAGAACUUUACGGAAUUGGAAUACUUGCUUCUCGGAUUGGUUUCAGCUGUUCCUUCUUUCUUGAUACCUAUGCAAUUUGCGGGGGAGGUUGAUAGGAGCCUGUGCUUGAAGGACCGUUAUUGGGUAAAGGCCAGUUUGUGGAUAGUAAUCUUUAGUUAUGUUGGGAAUUACUUCUGGACCCAUUAUUUCUUUACAGUUUUGGGAGCUUCAUAUACCUUUCCAUCAUGGAAGAUGAAUAAUGUACCACACACCACUUUCCUUCUCACACAUGUCUGCUUCCUAUUCUACCAUAUGUCGUCAAACAUAACGCUUCGUAGACUACGACAUUCUAUUGCUGAUUUGCCAGAGAAAAUUCAGUGGUUUACUGAGGCUGCAUGGAUUUUAGCUCUUGCCUAUUUCAUAGCCUAUUUAGAGACUAUAGCUAUUUCUAAUUUUCCAUAUUAUCAGUUUGUGGACCGGGCAUCCAUGUACAAAGUUGGGUCCUUGUUUUAUGCUAUUUAUUUCAUUGUAAGCUUCCCAAUGUUUCUGAGGAUUGAUGAGAAACCUGGGAAUACCUGGGACUUGCCCAGGGUGGCUGUAGAUGCUCUGGGAGCUGCAAUGCUUGUUACAAUCAUUCUUGAUCUGUGGCGCAUCUUUCUGGGACCUAUUGUUCUGAUCCCAGAAUCAAACCAGUGCCAUCAGCCAGGACUGCCAUGGUUUCCAGGACACGGCCCCAAAGCUUGAUGCCACAUAACAAAGGCAUGUUGUAAGUUUCUGACCACAAAAGAAACCAGAAUCUGGGCUUCCCAUGCUAAAUUACUUCAUUGAUGUACUCUCCUUUUCAGGACAAUGUGUUGCAAGAACUUGAAUUGAGUAAUGUUCCUACAAAGGCAACUGAGGUCUCUCCUAAAUGUUGAUUUCAAUUUGAAUGUUGCUGCUUUCCUCUUUUA